AUGACUCUUACGAAGAUAACAAUCGUUAGAAUCAACAAAGAACCAUUGGCUAAAUUGUUGAUGGAAAUAAAAGAGUUUUCACUAUCUGAAAAAUACAAUAGUAAAGAGCAGAAAAUGAUAUUCUUGAAAUAUACUAAAUUACCACCACGUUUUAUUCUAGCAGCAGUUAUUUCAAUGACAAUAUCUGCUUCAUUGUAUUACGUGAAUGGAGUUAAAGUUGGAAUUCAAAUUGCAAAACAAAAUAAUUCUAUGGGUUAUCAGUUGCCGUACAAAACAUUAGAAAUCAUCGAUUUAAGAGACAGCAAGAUUUACGCUUUGAUUUGUGUUUAUCAAAUAGUGAUCGUACCUUCUAUCGUUUUUGGUUACGUAGGAAUCGAUUGCAUGUUCGUCAAUUUGUCUGUUUUAAUAAUCGCACAAUUCGCCAUAUUGUCCGAUAAAGUGAAAGAAGCAUUAAAUAAUUCUGAAAAUUAUCAUGAGGGUAUUAAGAAACUUGUACUACGACAUUAUCAUUUGAUAAGAUUGGCGGAAAGAUUGGAAGAUAAUUUUAACAUCGUGAUCAUGCAGCAACUAUUGGGUACCACCAUUCAUCUUUGUAUUUCCGGUUAUCACUUAUUAAUGAGUAAAGAAUCGAAAGAUGGUUUAACAUUGAUCUUGUUUAUUUUGUACGGCUUCUGUGUGAUGAGCACACUUUUUAUUUACUGUUUCAUCGGCGAAUGUCUUAUUCAAGAAAGUACCAAUUUUGGUAACGCCAUUUACAAUUACGACUGGUAUAACUUAUCAUCGACGAACUCGAAAUUUUUUCUUAUUUGUAUGAUACGAACGAAGAAACCGCUAUAUUUAACUUCUGGCAAAUUUGUCAUCUUGUCCUUGACCAUCUUCACAGACAUCGUCAAAUCUUCGAUGGGAUAUUUAUCAGUCCUACGAACAUUUUUGUAAACAAGACGAAAAUGAGAUGGAUUAAGUAGUAACAA